AUGCCGCGGCAUGUCGUUCGGUCCGCAGCACGCUUGCGAGGUGAAGAAGUGAACUUGAGCCCUCAGGCACUGUUGGAACACUGCAAGGCAAAGCAUCAGGGUCCGAGAGGACCGACCUCUGCAGUGUGCCCAAUCUGCGCAGCCAUGCCGUGGGGAGACCCAAGCUAUGUAUCUCGAAACUUCAUUUCACACCUCGAAUUACGGCACCGCUGUGAUUAUGCUGUUCUGACCGACUUCGAUGUUGAUGAAGAGGCGAGUCAUUUGCAUCCCUUCACAUGUUGCGAAACUACAGAACAGAAAAGAGAAACAGGAACAGCUGUGAGAUGCGGUAACGGUUCUUGCCCCUUUGGGCAGGCAUUCUGGCACAUGUGCAGGAUUUCUUGCACGGACAGCAGGGGAAGGAUGCUCAACUCCUGCGCUAACGACUGA